GUCGGCUUGUGUAGCACCAAACAAACAUCAAAGCAAGUGUGUGUAUUGGUUGAUGAACUGUACUUGCUUACACUGCAUUCACACACACACACACACACACACACACACUAUGCUUUAACUCUACACACUCUCAGCUGUUUAAAAUUUGAACACCGUCGACAUUUUGUGGCGCAUUAAAUCCCGCUUCACGGGGUCAUGGCCGUCUUGGCGAGCGCACUGCGCAGGACGGUGGUGAAUCUCCGGCCGUUAUGGCCUCCCUACCGCCCUGUCACUCGCUCCUUCAGUGUCCAGAGCGAACACACUACAGAGAAAAGUGUCCCCUACGCCAAGACCUUGAAACAGGAGGACGGAGCGAUCGGCCCCACCAAACCCCUCCCCCAGUCCGCAGACGCCGUGGUGAUUGGAGGAGGAAGUCUGGGAUGUCAGACGCUCUAUCACCUGUGUAAGAUGGGCAUGAACAACGUGGUGCUGCUGGAGAGGGACAGACUGACGGCAGGAACAACGUGGCACACUGCAGGGUUGUUGUGGCAGUUAAGGCCGAGUGAUACGGAGGUGGAGCUUCUGGCUCACACGAGGAACGUAAUCAGCGUGGAGCUGGAGGAGGAGACGGGCCUGGAGACUGGCUGGAUCCAGAAUGGAGGACUGUUUAUCGCCUCCAACAAGCAGAGGCUGGAUGAGUACAAACGCCUCAUGUCUUUGGGGAAGGUGUACGGUAUCGAGUCGUAUGUGCUCUCGCCUGCUGAAACCAAGCAGCUUUACCCUCUGAUGAAUGUAAAGGAUCUGUACGGGACUCUGUAUGUACCUAAAGACGGUACUAUGGAUCCUGCUGGUACCUGCACCACCCUGAGCAGAGCAGCUACAGCCCGAGGAGCCACGGUGAUUGAGAACUGUCCCGUGAUGGGUAUCCAGGUGAGGACGGAUCACAUGGGGGUGAAGAGAGUGAAGGCAGUGGAAACACAAUUUGGGACCAUUGAGACCCAGUGUGUGGUGAACUGUGCAGGUGUUUGGGCCACUAAACUGGGGAAGAUGGCUGGAGUGAAUGUUCCUCUCAUUGCUAUGCAUCACGCCUAUGUGGUGACGGAGAGGAUCGAGGGGAUUCAGAACAUGCCGAACGUUCGGGACCACGACGCCUCGGUUUACCUCCGUCUGCAGGGAGACGCUCUGUCUGUGGGGGGCUACGAGCAGAACCCCAUCUUCUGGGACGAGGUGUCGGAUAAAUUUGCUUUCAGCCUGUUUGACCUUGACUGGGACGUCUUCAUGCAACACAUUGAGGGAGCGAUAAACCGAGUUCCUGCUCUGGAGCGGACUGGGAUCAAAUCCACCGUCUGUGGACCAGAAUCUUUUACUGCAGAUCACAAGCCACUGAUGGGAGAAGCUCCUGAAGUCAGAGGAUUCUUCCUGGGAUGUGGCUUUAACAGUGCAGGUAUGAUGUUGGGUGGCGGCUGUGGGAAGGAACUGGCUCACUGGAUCAUUCACGGGCGACCUGAGAAGGACAUGUGCUACGACAUCAGGAGAUUCCAUCAUUCUCUCACCAACAACAAUCGCUGGAUUCGAGAGCGCAGUCACGAGUCUUAUGCUAAAAACUACUCAGUGGUGUUUCCGUUUGAUGAACCUCUGGCCAGCCGCAACAUGAGGAAAGACCCCUUACACCAGGUGCUUUUAGAGCAGGGCUGUGUGUUCCAGGAGAGACACGGCUGGGAGAGACCGGGGUGGUUCAAUAAAGACAGACCUGCACCGGUUCUGGAUUAUGAUUAUUACGGUGCGUAUGAAUCUCCCAUCAACAGUGACUACAAAUACAACGAGCUUCUGGGCAGAGAGUACACCUUCAACUUCCCUCCACAUCACGACACGAUCAGAGAUGAGUGUGUAGCCUGUAGAAACACUGUAGCCGUGUUUAACAUGUCCUACUUUGGGAAGUUUUACCUCACCGGCCCCGACGCCAAGAAAGCAGCUGAUUGGCUUUUCACUGCUGAUGUCAACAAAGCACCAGGCUCCACUGUGUACACCUGCAUGCUAAAUAAGAAAGGUGGGACUGAGGCGGAUCUCACUGUCAGUCGUCUGGAACCUGGCUCCGCCCACCUCCCACUGACUCCGGAAUUUACUGAUGAUGCGUAUUACUUGGCUGUUGGAGGCGGAGUUGCACAACAUAACUGGAGUCACAUCAUGACAGUUCUGCAGGAUCGAAGCUUUAACUGCACUCUGACUGAUCACUCAGAGGACAUGGGCAUGAUCAGCAUCCAGGGACCCAAGAGUCGGGAUUUGCUGAAGGAGGUUGUAGAUGCAGAUCUGAGUAAUGAAGCCUUUCCUUUCUCCACCCACAAAAUAGUGACUGCUGCUGGACACAAGGUACGAGCCAUGCGCCUGUCCUUCGUCGGAGAGCUCGGCUGGGAGCUUCACAUCCCUAAAGACUCCUGUUUGCCGGUUUAUCAGGCCGUCAUGGCCGCCGGCGCCAAAUUCGGCGUCCGGAACGCAGCGUACAGAGCCAUCGACUCGCUCAGCAUCGAGAAAGGUUACAGACACUGGCACGCUGACCUGCGCCCUGAUGACAUGCCCCUGGAGGCGGGGCUUGCGUUCACCUGUAAGAUGAAGUCGUCUAUUCCCUUCCUGGGACGUCCAACUCUGGAGGUGCAGAAGGCCGAAGGUCUGCGCAGAAGAAUCGUCUGCUUCACCAUCGACGAAAAAGUUCCCAUGUUUGGAUUGGAGGCCAUUUUUCGUAAUGGUGUUCCAGUUGGACAUUUGCGCCGCGCCGAGUUUGGCUACGCCAUCAACAAAACCAUCGGCUACGGAUACGUACGCAAUCCAGAUGGGGGGGUGGUGACUCCAGAGUUUAUCCGCAGUGGUGAGUUCACGCUGGAGAGAAUGGGCGUGGCCUACAAGGCCCAUGCUCACCUGAAGUCUCCGUUCGACCCGGAAAACAAGAGAGUGAAGGGAAUCUACAGCUCAGAGUAAAUGUUCAAGAACGGUCCUGAUCUCAUCCUCACUGCAAAACUGAACCAGAGGCAGCUGCUGUUACACACACACACACACACACACACACACACACACACACACACACACACAAAAGCACAAGACUUUUCCAGAAGUAGUAGCAUGUCCUCAAUUCUUUCUUUAAAAGUCUUAACAGUCAUAAAGCUUCUAGAGGAGGCAAAUAUCUAAAUGAAUAGAAUUGUCUAUAAAAUAAAAAGAAUUGAGGCAAAGAA